AUCGAAUCGCGUAAGCUCCAAUUGGUACUUUUUUACAGGCCCGACCCAUCCGAUGUCGUCGCAGUUCAAGGAAUGCGCACGCAUCGCAAGUCUCCCACAACGACGAUUCUCAUUUUAGACAAUAUUUUUCAUUGUUAUUCGCCUCUAGCCUCCAGUCGACCUGUUGGUUCCAAGCCUCCAACGCGCGUCGCCUUCCAUACCUUACGCAGUAUACCACCCUUGUCGCUCUUGUCACUUUUUUAAGUUCGGGCGAGACAUUUCCUCAUUCGAUGUUUCCACAAGGGACCGGUAGGCCGUGCUUAGGCGGUAGCAGCGGUCUGCGCCGGGCUGUAGCAGCUGGCUCAGAGCUUGCAACAUCGGCAGGAGGCCUAGGCUUGAGUGCAUGUUUUAUCCGUCAGGAACAACCAGCAGCUCCAGCUUUGUGUAAGCCUUAUUGGACACAUAAACCAAUCCGUUCACAACCACGUCGCAUCUUUCAAACAUCUUCUGCUCAAUACCAAUCUAUUUCCGUUUCUUCUGCCACCCCUAUUCCACAUUCUUCCCACUUUGUUCCCAGACAACAUCAACGCUCUUUUCCCAUAAUGGCCGCGCUCACCCAGACGCGAAGCCAUAGUGGCCACAAACAUAGCCAUGCUCACCACCAUGAUAACGUGUAUUUAACUUCGCAAAAUAAGAAUGAUGCCGGAGUACGCAUUACUCGAAUCGGUCUUUAUUCCAAUCUCGGUAUGGCGAUUGCGAAGGGAGUAGGUGGUUAUGUAUUCAGCUCGAAAGCUAUGGUAGCAGACGCGGUCCACAGCUUGACUGAUCUUGCCUCCGACAUCUUAACACUUGCAACCAUUUCAUGGAGUUUAAAACCACCCACCGACAAAUUUCCAGCUGGCUUUGGAAAGAUUGAGAGUUUGGGAUCAUUGGGCGUGUCGAGCAUGCUUCUAUUUGGGGGCAUCUGGAUGGGCUACGGUAGUCUCCUGACACUCUAUGGACAUUUCUUUCUCGACCCUACUGCAGCGGCGGAUUUUUUAACACAUGCCCACUCACACGGACACAGCCAUGGUCAUGGGCAUGGUGUUGAUGUGAUUCCAAGCCUCCAUGCUGCAUGGCUAGCUGCCGGCACAGUUGCUGUCAAGGAAUGGUUGUAUCAUGCUACCAUGAAAGUUGCCCGUGAGCGCAAAUCGUCCGUUCUUUCCUCGAAUGCGAUCCAUCACCGAGUCGACAGUCUUACAGGCAUUGUAACCCUAGCAGUGAUCCUGGGCGCCAAUUUUGUCAAGAACGCAGCCUGGCUGGAUCCUGUUGGUAGUCUACUUAUCUCCUUGAUGGUGGUGAAGGCUGGAGCCGAGAAUACAGUCGCAUCUCUUUUCGAACUUGCAGACCGAAGCAUCGAUGACGAAGUCAAGACCUCAAUACAGAAGCAGGCCCGAGAAGCUUUCAAAACAAUACCAGGCGGGUCAGAGAUCGAACUGAGAGACGUCACAGGUGUUAAGUCAGGGCAAAACUAUCUGGUGGACCUUGAGGUAGCCUUGCCAAGAGAGUGGGCCAUGGAAGCUCUUGGCGAUGCUGAACAGCAAAUCCGAGAACGCGUCGGCGGCAAAGUCCGUGGUGUUCGCCGAGUGCGCGUCCGCUUUGUAUCAAAGGACGUCACUGUAGAGAAGUUUGACGAAUUUAUUCCCGGCGAUGUUAGCCCUCGAUCAAGCCCCGAGCCUGAAGAAGACGAGAAUAACCACAAUCACAACCAUAACCACAACCACAACGGCAAUGGGAAUCAUAAAUCGAAAUGAGUCAGUUAGGGAAGAAAGAGAUGAUUACCUUUUGGCGUUAAGGCGUUGGCUCGAGCCUCGGCAAACUUGGAGGGUUGGCACAAUCAUGAUACCAAAACUACACUGAGGAAGUUCAAAAUCACGACGAUGCUCUUGUGAUAGAGCAUACAUGUACUAUAUUUUCGAUCAGCAUUGGCGACGCACGGUAUCCGGAAAGAUUUUUUUUAGCAUUUGACACUUCCUAGAGAUAGCAUUUGCAGGUGGAAGGACAUGGCAAAUGCGGAGAGAAAGGAAUGGUUCCGUGAGCGAGCAACUACACACGAAACUUUGAAGAAACUUUGAAGAGAUAGCCUCGGAGGACACCGAGCUGUCUGACUGCUUUACCCAUUUGGGAUUAGCAUAGCAAAGUCCACAACGUUGUGGCCUCGAGCAAUACAUGCGGAUAUUGAGGAUCUAUGAAA